AUGAAAGAGUACUACAACAAUAAAACAAUCCUUAUUACAGGCGCAACAGGAUUUGUAGGCAAGUCCAUCUUGUGGCAAUUACUCAAGGAAGCUGGCGAUGUUAUCGACAAGGUCUAUGUUCUUAUUCGCCCCAAAAGAGUCCCGGCUGGAAGUCCUUCACAGCGCAUAUUGGAUGAAAUCAUUAAUACGCCAGCGUUUCAGAAGCUAGUAAAACACUUUGGCAUGAGUAAAGAUACGUUGAGACGAAAGCUCGUCCCGAUAUCUUAUGAUCUGUCUCUGUCACAUAUGGGGCUAUCGAUGGAAGACAGCGUUCAGAUGAAGGAUACCAACAUUGUCAUUCAUUGCGCAUGUACCUCAGAAUAUGAGAAUUCCUUGGAGUGGAAUUUGGAGACGAAUGUUUUAGGCACAAUUCGAUUGAUGGACUAUUUAGACAACUGUGAUGAUGUCUGCUCGUUCAUUCAUAUGUCGCCAAUCCACAUUCACCAAGACACACCACAAGACAGCGACGACACAGUGAUCCUCGAAUACAUUUAUGAUCUUGGAUUUGGUGACCCAGAGGAUUUUCUAAAGCAACUUCUUGGCGCAGAUGAAAAAGAGCUAUCAAUCCUUAUUAAGCGGAUCCUGCAAAAGUUCUCGACCUUACAUUUAUUUACAAAAGCACUCGUGGAACAUUUGAUUGCAAAGAGGAUAAAUCAAGUCAGGAACGAGCAGAUUCAGGGUGGAAAAGAGCCUUAUCCAUUGGCUAUCUUCCGAUCUCAUUAUAUAGGUCCUGCUGCGCUGGAACCAAUGCCAGGGUGGACUAUUGGCAUGUCGGGCGUGUCUUCUUGGUUGGCUCUGUAUGGCCAUUCGAUUCCCAUCAUUCAGCCAGAUCAAGGACAGCAACAGGCAAGUGUGAUUCCAGUGGACUAUGUGGCGAAAUGCGUUGUCCAUUCUAUACCCACCAUUGUCUAUCCCGGCCCUGAAUUCGUCGUGCCAUUUGCAAGCGACAUGUCUGAAAAGAGCUCGACGUUGAUUACCGCACCCUAUUUUCCCUACAUUUUCAACAUGUCAACGUCAGUGUUCACUCAGCCGAUUACCUGGUACGAAGCAUAUACCGCCAUUCAAGACUACUGGACUAGACCAUGCAAUGCUAUACCCAACAACCAGAAGCUGCCUACUGCCGACAACUAUUUCUCGAGCAACAAAACGUUAUCCAAAGCACGAUUCUUGAUGCAGUACUACUUUCGAUCCUCGUCCACCACCAACAGCAAUCAUAUCAAUGGCAUCAAUGCCACAGCAAAUACCUCGAAUUUCUCUUUAAACUAUCACAGCACUGCAGUACGACAAGAUUUUCAUCAUCAUCAGCAACAAGAUCAGCAAAAGUGGAUGGAGCUGGCCUCCAACAUCCGCAACAAUCUUUCUAAACAAAACCGCCAUCACUGGCAGUACAAUACGGUGCAAUUCAAUACGCUGGUAGACAAGAUGCAAGGCAUAGACACGUUACACCAUCUGGAUUGGUACAGUUACUUUUUGCAGAGCUGUUACGGGGUCCAUGUGUAUGUCUUGCAUUGCGGCCAUCACAUGCGUACAAGCGUCUUGCCCACAUCCCAACUGUGUGCUCUGUACUCUCAUACCAACACGCCCUCCAUCAUCGACUCGCCCUUCAAGAGCGUUGUGUACACUGAUGAAGAAAUGCGACAGAGAAUACAACACAUGUUGGACAUCACCAUCAAUUCCCUAAAAAACCCUGCAAAGAUGAUACAGACAGAAAAAGAGUGGAAGCCCAUGUGGAUUGAAUACUUGAAUGAUACCCUGGAAGACUGGUGUGAUGAAGGAUCCAUUGAGGCGUUGGAAAUCAGCUCAAAAAAGAAGGAAAUUCAGAGUCGAUGGGGACUAAAGGUGGAUGAAAACAGCGAAAUGACAAAGGUGACAGUAUUGAACGACCCAGGCGUUGGAAAGGCCAUUCGCCAGGUCUCUAAGCGGUCUGGUAUGCCCGUUGAGAAGGUCAUGGAAGAAGCAAUGCGAUCUUUGAGCAGAAUUCAGGAAAGGACACAACUGCCGUACGCUUGGUUUGCUGCCACAUUUUUGCAGAAACUGUUUAAAAGUAUGUUUAGCGGCAUCUACAUUGACAAGGCCAGUCUUGAAAAGAUCCGAGCUUCUGUCAAAAAUAAACGUGUCGUGUAUGUGCCUGUGUCAAAGACUGUGCUGGACCCUGUUCUCGUGUGGUAUCUGGCCAUACGAUACGAGCUGCCUAUUCCAGCGCUGAUUCUGGACGAAGCCUUGGCUAUUCUAGGCCCAUUCUCGGAUCUUUUGCGACUUGCUGGUGCGGUAUUUAUCAAGCGAGAUCCCAACGCGCGAUCCACAUUGACAACUGCAGUUACUUCAGCCUAUCUUCAACAUUUGAUGCGAGAGCGUGGAGCGAUGACACUUUUGCUAGACAAGAUACGAUCAAGGACCGGUAUCUUCCAAAUGCCUUAUCAGGACGGCCUCGUUGAUAUGGUCAUUGAACAAGAUAUCGUGUUUGUACCUAUCAAUACAUCUUACGAAGAAGUGCCUGAUAUUACCUCAUUAAUCACCCAAGACUUAAAUACAAACAAAGGAAAAUCAGCACUCAACAGGACCGGCAAUGGACUGGAAAGAUCGAAAUCAACCACAGCGUCCCAUCGCAUGUCAACGCCUACCAAAGUAUCGAGACCAAGUGACAGUCGAGCACAUCGAGUACGAAGUCGUAGUCUAGGAAAUGGAUGGCAAGAAGAACAAAAGAAGAGUGGUCCGGCACAACAAGCAAUGCAUUGUGGCAGACUACUUGUAGGCAUAGGGAAGCCGAUUUCCAUGAACGACCUUGGCAGCGAAGGUGCGGUGCAGUUGCCUAAUAUCAUUCAAAAGGAGCAAAAACGAGCGCUUGUGAUCAGUCCCAUAUCCUUGGUAGCAUCCAUCUUGUUGUACAGUCGGGUCAGGGGUAACUGCAUUGAUUUGCAGACCAUGAAGGAUCACUUGGAGUACCUAUAUAGCUUCAUCAAGGAUCAAGGAAUCUCCAUGGACUGGCAAGAUUUUGAGGACAGUGAGACCAUCAUAUUCUACAACAUUCGCCUGCUGGAAAAGAACUCGAAUUUGGUGACAUUGGACGAGAGAAAUAGUGGGUUCACGUUUAGAAUCAACACUCGGUCAGAGGGUAUUCUGCAGCUAGCCUAUUAUGCAAAUCAGUUGCGCGAGCUGUUUGUUCUAGAUGCAAUUUUUGCGGCCACUUACUUGUCUUUCAAUCUGACCAAAAUAGCAGAAUCCAUCUUCAUCGAGCGAUUUGAGUUCUUGGCAACUCUAUUUCAAUAUCAUUUCAAUACGUUGUGGAACAUCAAGGAGGAGUACCAGCAACUGAAGAUGAAAUACCAAGAUUACAUGAACGAGAGUGGAGACAUGCUGGAGAGAAUAGUGACCAAAGUGAACUUGAGCAAGAAAUACAAUCAAUUCAGCUUGCUGGCAUCCUUUAUAUACCCUAUUAUCGAUUCGUUCUGGGUCACUCUGUGUGCCUUGUCAGCACUGAAUGAUGUCAGAGCGCUGCCUUUGUCGUUGGUGCCCACGCUAUCUCAAUGGAUCGGCAUGCACUUGAUCAGUGGGAGGAGGACCAUUUAUAGCGAAGUGCUGUCCACUGAGUACAACCAAGCCACGCUGCAAUCUCUGGUUCAAUGGGGUUUGCUGAUUAGAAAGUCGGCCAAGCUGAUCUUGUCACCGGAUGCCCAAAUGCUGAUGCAGGCGCUAGGGUUGUCUACCAACGAUGAUUUGAUCAUUCUUGAGCAUGAAUCGGAUGAAAUUGCAGAGCUGUGCAAAAAGGUGGAGCAAAUAAGGAAGCGAGAUGAAGACGAUAGUCUGUCCAAGUACAUUUACGAAAAGUGCCAAAAUCAGAUCAAAUCAUUGGCCAAAGGAUCGACGUCGUUUAGCAAGAGACAGGGCGCCAUUGUCGCUGAAGAAAAGGAGGAGGCCAUGAUACAACUAGGCUAUGCACUCAUCCAGAGCAUGGACAACAAUAUCCUUGUGUAA